CAUGUGGUGGCCGCCUGGCUGGCGUGGGCCGCCGGGGCCGGCCGCCCGGCCCCGCUGUGCGGCUCCGGCGGGCUCUGCCGGGCUCCCGGCCCGAACGCCUCGCACCCCGCGCCGGGCCACUGCCCGCGGCAGCGGGGGGCGGCUGAGCUCUGCGCCUGGCCCCUCUCCCCCGGAAGCCUCCUAGAUACUUUUCCAGUUGAUGCGACCAAGGAAAAUUAUGUCCGUAAUGUGAGAAACUGCAUUUUUUCAAUUGUCUAUCCUACACCUUUUAAAUCUAGAGUUCGUCUUGUAGCUGUUUCAAAGGAAGUUCUUGAAAAUAUUUUGGAUCUUGAUAUAUCUGUCAAAGGAACAUCUGAUUUUCUUCAGUUUGUUAGUGGUGGGAAAGUGAUAUUGGGGUCUGUUCCAUUGGCCCAUAGGUACGGGGGUCAUCAGUUUGGUAGCUGGGCAGGUCAGCUGGGUGAUGGAAGAGCCCACUUGAUCAGAGUAUAUACAAACAGGCAUGGUGAGAGGUGGGAACUACAGUUAAAAGGAUCAGGAAAGACCCCAUACUCCGGGAACGGUGAUGGAAGAGCUGCGCUUUGCUCUUCUGUGCGAGAAUUUUUGUGUAGUGAGGCCAUGCACUAUCUUGGAAUUCCUACAAGCAGGGCUGCUAGCUUAGUUGUAGGUGAUCAUGAUGUGUGGAGAGACCAGUUUUACAAUGGAAAUAUUAAGAAAGAAAGAGGUGCAAUAGUGCUACGUCUUGCCAAAUCAUGGUUUCAUAUAGGAUCCUUAGAAAUCUUAGCUCAUUCUGGGGAACUGGACUUACAAAGAAGAUUGCUAGACUUUAUCAUCCAGGAACAUUUUCCAUCAAUAGCCAUGAAUGAUUCAAAUAGAUAUCUGGAAUUUUUCUCUACAGUCGUAUCAGAGACUGCAAAUCUGAUUGCAUUGUGGAUGUCUGUGGGGUUUACACAUGGUGUGUGCAAUACAGAUAACUUCAGUUUAUUAUCCAUAGAUUAUGGUCCAUUUGGAUUUAUGAAGUCCUAUGACCCAAAUUUUGUUCCAAACACAUCUGAUGAUGAAAGGAGGUAUAAAAUAGGAAACCAGGCAAAUGUUGGGCUGUUUAAUCUGAGCAAGCUGUUACAAGCUCUAAAACCUUUAUUGGAUCCCAGGCAAAAGCAGACAGCUUCCCAGAUUUUGGAGGGAUAUGGUGAGCGCUAUUACAUCCGGUAUGCAAACUAUGCAAAAACAAAAUUGGGUCUUCUUGGGGAGAAUGAGGAUGAUAACUAUUUGAUUGCUUUCCUCCUAAAAUUUAUGGAAGAUACAAAGGCUGAUUUUACAAUGACAUUUCAACAGCUCAGUGAAAUUACUGAAGACCAGUUAAAGGAGCUCCAUAUUCCUGAGGAGUUCUGGGCUCUGCAGGAUCUGGGUAAACACAAGUUAUUUUCAGAAUGGGUUACUAUGUACCUCUUAAGAUUAAAUCGUAACAAGGGUGAUUCAGACACCAAGAGAAGAACAAGAAUGACAACUGUUAAUCCUAGAUACAUACUUAGGAAUUGGAUGGCAAAAUCAGCAGUGCAAAAAGCUAAUUUGAAUGAUUUCUCGGAGGUUCAACUCCUACAGCAGAUUUUACAACAUCCCUUCCAGGGACAGCAGGCUGCAGAGAAAGCAGGCUACUCCCUGCGCCCCCCAGCUUGGGCCAAGGAUCUUAAAGCUGUUCAUCCUGAGGGAAAUUUGAACGAGCGAGAAAAAUGACCAGGGUCGAAGCUCAGGCCUUCAAAUAGGAUUAAUGGAUCAAGCCACAGGAACUUCUCUCCCUCAUAGUUUGUGGACUGGAAGCUGCUACUCUGCUAGGCAAGACAAGGUCUUGACCAACUUAUAAAGUCUAAAGAUUAAAGAAAUGGACCACUAUGUAUGCUUGCAUCAGCAUGUUAUAUUGGCAUUUAUAACUCUGCCCUUCAUAUUGAGCUGUGCAUUAAUUUCAGUCCCAAUAUUUAAGUUCUGCCAAACUGUCACACUUAACCUCUCAGAAUUCAUGGCUGAUCAGGUGGGUCUCAAUAACUUAAUGGUUGGUCAAUUUAAAAUCCAUCUAAGCUAGCUGUAAUCAUAUAGUAUGUUGAUGAAUGUUCUCCUUGCUGUUACACACUGUUCAACUAUAACUGUAUUCUGAAGACAUAAAUGUUAUUAAGUCUUUUGCAGAGUUGGAACAGGGGAUCGUCUUACACUUAGACCUUGCCACCUUUUCUCUUUUUUACCUUGUUUUGUCCCAUUAAACUGCCAACAAAGAUUUAAAGGAAAUUCAAUUAAAUAGUGAGCAAAGAUGUCUGUCUUUGGAGUGACUUGCCCAAAAAUAAAUUUUGGCGUCUUUGCUGGUGUCAGGUGCCUCUCAAGCCUGGCCCACUGCUCUUUGAAAGUGUAUCUUUUGAUAGUAGCAGAAAGAUUGUUGGUGCAUGGAUAUAAUGCCUCAGGAAAUUUUCACUGGUUGGACAUGGAAAAGGACUUUCUUGGAAGAUCUCACUACAUACGUAGUCAGGUCAAUAUACCUUUUGUAUCCAGCCACCUGAUGCUGUAAGGGACUAACAAAAACCUUGCAAGGAAAGUAUUUAAAAUUCACCUGAAGCUGUUACACAGAAGUCCUUUAAGUGACAGAGAGAGACUAGUCUUUGAGUCCUGGGUCUUGUUAUUUAUCCUUGUUUGAUAUUCCAAUUCCACAUCACAAAACUUAGUGUGUAAUUAUGCCAAAAUUAAUACAUAAGCAAUCAGGUCCAAUGUUAUGCUAGAAAAUUUACAGCAAAAAUCACUUAUUUGGGGGCUUUGUUACUUCUUGACGUUACCUUGUCUCUUCCCAAAUCCAAAAUGGAUUGUUUUAGAAUCUCCAAAUUUGAGUGCCACUUGAUUCUGAAAUAGAGGCUAUAAUUAGCAUUUCACAAAUCUAUUUCUAGAAAUAUAGUUAGUGUGGAAAAAAAUUUACAUUAUUAGAAAGUUUCAGUGACUAAAAAAUAUUUGAAUGGUUUCACAUAUUCCUCUGGGUGCAGAGAGGAGGUCAACUACAUCUCCAGGAGUUCAGUCAUGGACUCAGUCAUGUCCUCUUUCCUUGAUUUACGUGAAAGCAAAUCUCCAUUAUUUUUUUCCCCUAGUUUUACCAUGCAGUUUAUAGUGCCUGUUUUUAGUAACUAUUCUGAUUUCAUAAUAGUCAGUACUGACUGUUAAUGGUGAUCAAACUGCCUUAGAAUAUUCCACAAGACCAUGAGAGUUCCUAAGUAUUAGCGAUAUGAAUGUCUUCUGUUCUGCAUGUCUCCCUCAAACAGAACGUGUGUUUCCCAGUUAUUGUAAGACUGUCAAUAAUCACUGAUAAAUAAUAGUUCCGUUCUGUAGUUUUGCCACAUGAUCCAUGUAAGUUUCUACUUUUCCACUCUCAAAGUGCCUGACAAAGAGUGCGUGAAAAACACAUGACUAGUUAUCUCAACACUACCUUUUAACUAUGUUUUGUAAAAGUAGAGAAAUGAGCCACAUCAUGCUCAGCAUUUUAUACCACCUCCCUUUCCACUUCUAGGUUUUAAUCAUUAUGGUUUUAUUAUGACAAUGUAAGCAUUAAUAUUGUGUUUCAUGAUAUAUUCCCUAAAAUCAUUGGCUUCCACCUGUGGUUCCGGAGCUGCCUCUUCCUUCACGUUACAUAAACACAGCAGUGAUGCAAGAGCAGAUGGGGAGUAAAAAAUACCGUGGCUGGUAAUCAAGCAGGUGUUUAGUUGUACUCUCAUCCUCUUUCUGUAUCAGAGGACAGUUAUGAGGGGCAGCAGCAGUGCUGAUCCCCCACACGUGGACUUUUCCACAUGACUCUAACCUUUCUAAUCCUAAGGACUGAUGGAAACAUGGUCGCUUGAAGUAGGUCCUUCUUCCAUAUCAGUGACGCAAGAACCCAAAGAAGACGACAGCUGCUGAGACUGCUUCCACUUGAGGUAUGGAGAAAGGUUAAAAAUAACAUGCUGCAAUUUCAGAUCUUUUCGGACUAAAAUACUGUAAUCUCUAGUAAUGUACAUACUACCAUGAUCUACAGGAAUAAGACAAUUAUUUCAUAUGGCAAUAGAUUAGCUAGAGAUAGAAGGAUUCAUUUCUAUUUUUUACAAAUGCCUUGAUUUACAGUCUUGGAAAGGAAGAUCUUUUUGUAUUUUGCAGCAUCUUUUUUGUACCAAAUAAAGCCAGAUAAUUGUGUAUCAUUAA